UAAUGCAGAGCAAACUGGUUUAUAAGUUUCCUCUUUGGUUUGUAAAGCCUGUUUUGGGACCUGUAGCCUGGAGAUUUCUAAGAGAUUUGGGAGGGAUGAAAUCUCCAAUCCUGGGCCCAUAUUUUGAGAGCAGCCAGCGCGAUGAUUGCACAGGUGUGUGUAGGCCUUUUUGUGGAGACCAGGUCAUGAUUCUGAGCUCCACCCCGGCAGACGGAGUCAGGAGGGCUCCACCCCGGCAGACGGAGUCAGGAGGGCUCCACCCCGGCAGACGGGAGGUCUCUGCCUUGGAGUCAGGUGAAAGCCAGACUAGCUGUGUGCUAGAG